AUGGCGACUAGGUCGCGGUGGAUUUUUAGUUUUAUUCUCUUGACCUCUGCAACCCUUAUAUCUGGUGAAGAUUGUUUUGAUUUUCUAUGUUAUUAUGCUAAUAACUGUGAAAGCGGAUUAAACAAUGUUACAGGAAACUGCGUUAUCUGUGCAGAAGGCUGGUCAGGUAAAAAAUGCCAAAAAAAGAACGUGGCUCUCAAGAAACCAGAAUAUGUCGACAUACCAAAAAAUAGCGGCUCUAAUUAUGAUAUAAUUGUUGAUGGUAAAACGACACAAGACAAGACGUCUUGUAUAGAAGAAUAUCGCCUAGAUGUAGAUAUAUAUUUAGAUGUGAAUUUGAUGUCAUUGUAUUACAUAAAGGACGUAUCUAUAUACUACAUGAAAGGAGCCGUUGCAAGUUUACGUGGAUUUUCUGUGUUUAUUGGAAACACAUCAACUUUUGAUGAGGGUGAACUCUGUUACCAACAUAAAGAUGAACCAUUGCAGGACAUUACAACGAUAUCUUGUAAUAAAACUGGACAGUACCUUAAAAUGAAAAAUAGUCGAGCAAAUCCACCUUACCCAGGAGAUUAUAGUGAUGAAACAGACCUUCAAAUAUGUGAAAUCCAGGCAUUUGGGUGUGAGGGUAAAUAUGGUCCCAACUGUGGAAAGCAAUGUUUACUAAGGAAAUGUAAAGGAACAUCAUCAUGUAAUACUUUUGAUGGUAAAUGUGAAACUGGCUGUAAAUCUGGUUACAGAGGAGAUGAUUGUGUUCAAGAAUGCCUUAUUGGAUUUUAUGGUGAAAGCUGUAGUCAGCGAUGUAAUAACAACCAAUAUUGUAAAAUAAGUACUGAUUGUAAUCAUAUUACUGGAUAUUGUAAUAAUGGUUGUCAAACUGGAUGGACUGGACCAAAGUGUAAUUUAGUUUGUAAUAGUGGAACAUUUGGUGAUAAUUGUCAACAAAAGUGUCAUUGUUAUGGUACUGAUGUUUGUCACCAUGUUACUGGUAGCUGUCCUGGAACUGGUAGAUUGAAAUGUGAAGAAGGGUGGUCAGGAGAUAGUUGUGAUCAAGAUUGUGCUGGUAAAUAUGGGACUAGUUGUGAAAAACAAUGUUAUCAAAGACAAUGUAAAGGAACAUCAUCAUGUAAUACUUUUGAUGGUAAAUGUGAAACUGGUUGUAAAUCUGGCUAUACAGCAGAAGAUUGUACUCAAGAAUGUAGUUUCGGUACAUAUGGUGAUGUGUGCAGUAAACAAUGUAAUAGUGACAGACAUUUCUGUGAUGAAGUGGGGUGUGAUCCUGUGACUGGUGAAUGUAAAGGUGACUGUCAACCGGGUUGGCUUGGAAACAGGUGCAAUGAAGAAUGUCAAGUUGGUCAAUAUGGAGUUAACUGUAUGUAUAACUGUAAUGUGAGACACUGUAUAAAUAUGACAGAAUGUAACUUUAUUGAUGGAUCUUGUAAUGGUAAUUGUGAAGAUGGCUGGUCUGGUGUAGAUUGUGUCCAAGCUGGAGCAGUUGUUCAAGACAAUGGAUUAGAUAGGCUGUAUGUUGGGUUGAUUGGUGUGUUAUGUGGUCUUGUAUUCUGUAUUGUUAUUGCUAUUAUUAUUUACUUCCUGUGCAGAAGCAGAUGGCGUCGAAAGUUAUUAGUUUCUGAAAGAAGACGAACAAAAGAAGUUAUAUACGACGAUAUACCCGAUUUACCACCAGAUAUAGCGGUUAAUAAUAAUCUUUACGAGGAACCAAGCACAGAAUCAAGAUCUUUUGACAAUUUAUCAAACCGACCAUUACCUCGGAUUGUUGUCGAUUCUUCAAGUGGUUCAAAUCUUGUUCGUGCCAAACAUGACCAGAGAGAAAGCAGACCAUAUGAAAAUCAAACUGGUCCUUAUGAAAGAGUGGAUGAAACCAAUGACCAAUCAAUAACUAGAACCAAAGUACCUGUUACUACAGGAAGUGAUAUGCCAAAUCUACAAAGGUCAACACAAUCAGUAGCCACGAGUGAUCGUAACCCCUACAUUGAUAUGUCUAGAGGUAAUCAAGCAGUGCCAAAUCAAAGCAGUAGCUCUGUGGAAAAUGCAGCUACUGAUCAGGCAGCGGGUGCCAGAAGGUCUGUCUUGGAACCUAAAGAAGGAGAUACUGAUUCUAUCUCGACUGUUGGUAGUUGUUGUAGUGAUAAAUUGCAUAAUGAGCAAAAUGAAGUACGUGAUGCGGCUGAAAAUGUUCAGAAAAGGAAGGAAAAUGAAUAUGUGAAAAUGGGAGAUAUGAGUGGAACCAGAGCGAAAACAAAUUCUGACUCUGGAAAUCCUGGAGAAGGCUACGUAAAUCGCAGCUUUUGCUGA